ACAUAAAAAAAACAUAACCUCUGCCGCAAACAGUGCGCGAGAACGAAGCAAGCUUUAGCACAAGCGACGAACGGUGCCGAUUUUCAACUAUUUUCAAGUGAAUACUCCGGGGAUAACCUGCCGCAACCAUGUCCAGCUUCAACUUGGCCACGAUCACUAGCGCCCUCGAUGAAGCGCCGGUCAAAACGGGCGUUAGUUUCCUGGGAAAGGCGCUCAAAUGGGAAACCGAAGCCGGAGCCAAGGAACUGAUUGAUGCCAUCGAUGCCUGCACCGGAUUGCACUUUCUCAACCUGGAGGGCAACACCCUGGGCGUGGAAGCCGCCAAGGGGAUCGCCAAAGCGCUGGAAAAGCACCCGGAGCUGAAGGAGGCCCUGUGGAAGGAUUUGUUCACCGGGCGAAUGAAGACGGAAAUUCCGCUGGCGCUGAAAGCGAUGGGCGAAGGCAUGAUCGUUGCUGGGGCACAGUUGACGGUGCUGGACUGCUCGGACAAUGCGCUGGGACCGAACGGGAUGACGGGUCUGGUCGAUUUGCUGCAGAGUCCGACCUGUUAUACGCUGCAGGAACUGAAAUUGAACAACUGCGGUUUGGGCAUAGGUGGUGGAAAAAUGCUGUCCAAGGCGUUGUUGCGUUGUCAUUCGGCCAGUUCCGACCUCGGGAAGCCGUUGUCCCUGAAGGUGUUCAUUGCUGGGCGGAACCGAUUGGAAAACGAUGGUGCCAAGGCUCUAGCGGAUGUGUUCGAGACGGUCAAAACUUUGGAGCAUGUCGAGAUGCCUCAGAAUGGAAUCUACCACGUGGGAAUUACGGCUUUGUCGGAAGCUUUCAAACAAAACGCCAACCUUAAGGUGCUGAACUUGAACGAUAACACGAUCGGACCGAAAGGGGCGGCGGCCUUAGCGGAUGCUUUUUACGAUCUGCAGUGCUUGCGGGAGAUCAACUUUGGGGAUUGUCUGCUGAAGACCAAGGGAGCUAUGCUACUCGGGGAAGCUCUUCAGGAAGCCCAUACGGACAUAGAGGUGUUGAACUUCGGAUUCAACGAAAUUGGACCGGAAGGCGGCUUCGCGAUCGCUAAUGCAACCUACAACAAGGAUAAUCUCAAGACUUUGAUACUGGACGGAAAUCAAUUUGGGUACGAAUGCCGGGAGCAGCUAAAAGAGACUCUGACUCAGUACGAUCGGCUCGAGGCUCUUGGUCCUCUGGACGAAGAUGAUUCCGAAGGAGAAGAGGAAGAUGAUGAAGACGAAGAGGAUGUUGAAGAAGAAGAAGAGGAGGAUGACGAGAAUGAAGAAUGCGAAGAUAGUGAAGCUGAGGACGAAAGCGAUGAGGCUGGAGAAUCGGAUCAAGCCGACCAAGAUGGAUUCCUACAAAGUCCUAACGUGACAGCUGCACCAGCCAUUCGCAACAUCCUGACCGAAAACAACAAUGCUUCAACGAUAGACUUGGACCAGUCGCUCCCAAACACAGUGGAAGCCUAUUGUCAGACGCAUUAUCCCUCGGAGACUAUGUUCAAUUCCCUGGAAGAACCAAACAAAUCGGAAGCCUUCAAACGGUAUCUUAAGUCCCUUCCGGACGAAGACUAUCUGGUUUAUCUGGCUUUCACUAUCCUAAAACUGUCGGAAAUCUCCGAAAAGAGCCAGGAAGCGCUGGAAGUUUCCGAGGCCCUUUUCGCCGAUGCCUACGAGUACGCGAAGGCCAACAACCGGCUAAAGAGUCUUAGGGAUUUCCUGCUCGUGCAGUUGGGUCUGCUAAAAUGCGAAGAUCGAUCCUUCCGGCCCGCGUACAACACGCAGGGCUGCCGGCACGCACUGAAGAAUGCCAUCCGAAAGAACAUCGUGCCCGAAGAGGAACAGGGUUACUUCAAGGUGUUCCUGGAACACCGGGGCUAGAAGAGGUAUGCUAUCCGAACUAUUGUUUAAUUGUGUAUGAACAUUAACUUACUUUAUUUCGAUAAUAAUUUAAACUA